AAUUCAAACACCAGCUAAUUUAAAACAAUAUAACCGAACACAAACAUGAACCCACAAGGAAUGACCGAAUUCGAACCCUCAAUUGAGUGGGUGAACGAGGAUGAUUGCGACACUCUUCUUCUUUAUUUGCCCGGUUUCGCUAAGGAACAACUCAAAGUUCAGUUAAGAUCAAGGACAUUGAUACUUAGUGGUCAACGCAAAGUGAAUGAUAACACAUGGACCCGAUUUCGAAAAGAAUUUCCACUUGCCGAGAAUUGUGAUAUUAGCAAAAUCAGUGCCAAAUUCGAAGGCAACAUACUCAACAUUAGACUACCAAAAACAAGAAGUCCAGUGGCGAAACUAGAAGAAAAAACCCCCACGAACGCUCCUACCCCAACACCUAACAAUGUCAACCCCACGGACGAACCAAAAAUGCAUCAGGAACAAGCCAAGGUAAAACCCGAUUCUAAAGCCGAAGGUUCCAAUAAUGACGUGGAGGAAAAAGAUGGAAAUUAUGAAGGGAGAGUUAAUGAAUUGAAGGACUCGAAAGGUGUUUGUGAAAAUGUGUCAAAGAAGACGACGAUGAAGCCGAACCUGUCUAGGAACGAUGUGAUGAAAGUUGUGGCUCUUGUAUUUGGGUUUGUGGUGGGUCUUUAUUUCUCUAAGUUGAUUCAGUCUUGGAUUGCUUAAGAACACUUGAAUGAGUUGGGCUGAAAUUUGAAUAUUAUACCUCUAACUUGUAACUUGUAAGACGUGUGAUUUGAUUUGAGUACAAUGAAUAAAGAUUUCUUUAAUUUUUUAA